CCAAGAUGGCGGCGAGUAACUAUUACGGCUACGCGCAGGGCGCCGGCUCGCAGUACAGCACCCAGCCUCCGACGGCCUUCCCCCUCCCAGCUGCUGGAGCCCGCUUGGCCGCGCAGCCCGCCCCUGGACCAGGCCCUGCCCUGAUCCCGUUUCCCGAGGCCACCCAGCCACCCAGGCCUGUCACUCCAGCGGGGUACGGCGGGUACCAGCCCCACGCCGGGCAGGACCUCGGUUACAGCGGCCAGCCCCAGGAGCCUGUGCCAGUGGCCACCACCGCUCCCUCCUACCAGGACAGUUACAGCUACGGACCAUCGACAGCUGCCAGUGGCUAUGAGAACAAGCAGUACCCACCGCCCGCUGCCAGCCAGCCUCAGCUCCCAGCCCCCGCCACGCUCUGCCCGUCAGGGACCCAAGGAGCCUACGGUGGCGGUGGGUAUGGCCAAGCACAGCCCUUGCCACAGGCGCCCACCGCCGAGGCCGGGCAGCUGGCCAGCGCCGCACCCUGCAGCUACGCCUACCCCUCGGCGAGCAGCGCUCAGCCCGCGGCCUCCUCCACCUCCACCCUGCCUUCCUCGCCGGCGUUCAGCCCGGCCUCCGCCCCGUACACCGGACCAAGCUACCCGAGCUACGACGCGUCGCCGUACUCAGCGGCCAGCCCUUACUAUCCCCCGCUGCUCCCCCCACACAUGCAGCCGCCCCCGCCGCCUCCACCGCCACCACCGCCACCCCAGCAGCCCCCCCCACUCUCAAAGCCCGUGGACGCGUCCCCGUGGGGAGGCUCGGGAAGCAGCCCCAGUGCCGGUUGCCCUGACAGCUUCGCCAAGAAGCUACCAGUUGCCACCAAGCUGCUGAAACCCAGGGGUGGCCCCAAGCAGCUCCCACUUCACUACUGUGACGUCUGCAAGAUCAGCUGUGCUGGUCCCCAGACCUACCGUGAGCACCUGGAAGGGCAGAAGCACAGAAAGAAAGAGGCGGCUCAGAAGAUGGGCGUCCAGCCCAACGGCAGCCCACGAGGGGUGCAGGCACAGCUGCACUGCGACCUGUGUGCCGUGUCCUGCACCGGGGCGGAGGCCUACACCGCCCACAUCCGGGGGGCCAAGCACCAGAAGGUCUUUAAGCUCCACACCAAACUGGGGAAGCCCAUUCCCACCAUAGAUCCGGCGCCGGCGAACUCCAGCUCGGCCCAGGCCACCGGCCCGAGCCAGCCAGCCUCCGCCCCCCUCUCCACAGAGAGCCCCUCCAUGGCCUCGGCCGAGCCCGCGGCCCCUGCCAGCCCCAGCGUGGGCGCCGCGCGCAGGCCAGCGCCCGCCAGGAGACCGGCCACCUCGAAGGCCUCGCGCGUGGGGCCUCCCGCGCUGCCUGCAGCAGACAGCAGACCCCAUCAGGGGAAACCGGCGCACCCCAGAUCAGAGCGGCCGGGAGAACCGCCUGCUCGAGGAGGCUCCGUGGAAGCUUCUGGAAGCUGCUGUGAUGCACACCCGGUGGGGCCAGGCUACGUGGAGGAGGUGUGCAACGAGGAGGGCCGAGUGAUCCGGUUCCACUGCAGGCUGUGCGAGUGCAGCUUCAACGACCCCAACGCCCGGGACAUGCACGUGCGGGGGCGGCGGCACCGGCUGCAGUACAAGAAAAAAGUGAACCCUGAUCUUCCCAUUGCGGACAAGCCCAGCGCCAGGGUUCGGAGGGUCCUGGAGGAGAGACUGAGGAAGCAGCGGCAGCUCAGCAAGAGGCGGCUGGGGGAGCUGCGGCGCUGGCACAGCGAGGCCAGGCGCUACGACCUGUGCAAGACGCGGCUGGAAGAGGAGCCGCGGGUCCAGGACGCGCACUCGGGUCUCUCGCCACCCGACCUGCACCCGCCUCCCCUCCGGAGCAGGCCAGGAGCGCCCGCAGCCAAGCCUCUGCCCACGAGGCGGCCGGAGACCAGCGACGACCGGCACGUCCUGUGCAAGCACGCGGCCAUCUACCCCACGGAGGAGGAGCUCCUGGCCGUCCAGAAGGCCGUCUCCCACUCGGAGCGCGCCCUCAAGCUGGUGUCUGACACGCUGGCCGAGGAGGAUUCCGCCAGCCCAGAGCCAGAGGGCGGCGAGCGCAGCUGCCCCGGCCCCUCUGCUCGGAUCCUGAAAGGCGUGAUGCGCGUCGGCCUCCUGGCGAAGGGCCUCCUCCUGCGGGGAGACAGGGCCGUGCAGCUGAUCCUGCUGUGCUCGCAGAAGCCCACCCGCGCCCUGCUGUGCAGAGUCGCCGAGCAGCUGCCCCUCCAGCUCCCGGUGGUGACAGAGGACAAGUACGAAGUCUCCUCCGACCCUGAGGCCAACAUCGUCAUCUCCUCCUGCGAGGAGCCCCGGGUACAGGUCUCCGUGUCCAUCACCUCGCCCCUGAUGCGGGAGGACCCCUCUGCAGACCGAGGAGGAACCGAGGCGCCUCCACCCGACCCGGGAGAUGUCCUGAGCCCAGAGAAGUGCCUCCAGUCGCUGGCUGCCCUCCGCCAUGCCAAGUGGUUCCAGGCGAGAGCCAGCGGCCUGCAGCCCUGUGUGAUUGUCAUCAGGGUCCUCCGGGACCUCUGCCGGCGCGUGCCCACCUGGGGGGCCCUGCCGGACUGGGCCAUGGAGCUGCUGGUGGAGAAGGCUCUGAGUAGCACAAAGGGGCCCCUGAGCCCGGGGGACGCCGUGAGACGGGUCCUGGAGUGCGUGGCCUCGGGGACGCUCCUGACAGAUGGGCCCGGGCUCCAGGAUCCCUGCGAGAGAGACCAGAUGGACGCCCUCGGGUCCAUGACCCUCCAGGAGCGGGAGGACAUCACGGCCAGUGCCCAGCACGCCCUGCGCAUGUUGGCGUUCCGGCAGAUCCACAAGAUCCUGGGCAUCGACCCUCUGCCGCCCCCCAAAAGCAGGCCUGGGGCGCGCUUCCGGAAGAGGCCGCGGGAGGUGGGCGAGGCCGAGGAGGGCGCCGGCCAGAGGAAGCGGGCUGGCGGGGCAGAGGAGGGCCCGGGUGAGCGGCCUGGCCUCCCCAACGGGACCUGACACGCCGCCGAGUGGCUGCUUCCCCCCUGACGCUGGACAGUCCUGUUCUCCUUUGCAGUAGCGUUCCGUAGAUUUCUUUAAAGACACGUGUUCAGUCAUUAGUGAAAUCUGUUCAUCUGGCGCUUUGAGCUGCAGGGGGUGCGGGCGCAGCACCCCAAGGCCUGCCUUCCCCCGGGCAGGAAGGUGCAGCGCAGUUUUAAACCCUGGCACUUCUUGCUAGCUUUAAACUCACCCUGCAGUGGACUAAGGGUGUGGGCUUUUCAACGGCUUCGUGUGGACGCGCCAGCCGUGUGUGGGUUUGAUAUCUUGCGGGCACGCCCAUGGGGGUCCCACAUCAGGAAGCCCGGCCCGGAGGCAGGUCGGGAUGAUCUGGGGUGGUGGCCAAGCCUGAGAGUGUGCCCAGGCCGGGGUCCCUGGGCCCCAAGCCCAGUCGGCUCCAAACACGCUGCCCCCCUCCAGCUCCCCAGCCUGGAGCCAGCCCCGCGGCCAGAGGUCUGCAGGGCCUGAGCUCUCAGGGCUCAUCCCCCCGCCCGCCGUGGAGAGCGCCGCAGAGCCGAAGGGUGGUGAGGAUGCUGGCUGACCUCGGGAACGUCGGUGACCGCCACGGCGCCGCACCCCGUGCCACCGCGUGCCUUCUGCCCCGCGAGGAGCCGCUGCGUACACCUCAUUCGGGGCUUUCUC